UCACCUACAGUCAGCCAUGGCACACAGCAGAUGUUUCUAGCUUCUUCAUUAAACACUUGACUCCAAAACCAUAUCGAUCUUACAUAAAAACUGUUAAUGAUAUCUGAACAGCUCAGUAUGGAAGAUCUUCAUCUUCAUCUUCACCUGGAGACAGUCCAACAUGGCGUCUGAUGCGUCUCCUCCAGGUGAUGAUGAGGUGAAGGAGAGGAGGAGGAGGAAGAGGAGGGAGCGGGAGGUGAGGAGGAAGGAGGUACAGGAUGUGGACAUUGAGGAGUUAACAUCCGCUGGUCACAGAGCUCUGCAGGAGGGACGUACUGAAGACGCUCUGAGCUACUUCAACAACGCUCUGAAGGCUGCAGGACAGCUGCAGGACUCUCGGGUCGUCCGGGCCUGUUCCUUUAACCUUGGUGCAGCCUACGUGGAGGCGGGACAGCCUAAGAAGGGUCUGGACCUCCUGUGUCAGGCUCAACCUGGUCCGAAGGCCGACCGGCUCCCAGAUCUCCAGUUCAACCUGGCCCUGGCCCACAAUGCACUGGGGCAGAGCCAAGAGGCAUCUGCCUACUUCCUGCAGGCAGCUCAGCUGUACAGAUCACAGGGAGACGGAGGCAGCGAGGGAGACGCCUGCAUGGAGAUGAGCCGCUGCUACAGCAGAGCACAGGACUGGUCUCUGGCGGUUCAGGGUUUCCUGAGGGCUGCAGAGAGUUACAGAGUGGCAGACAUGUUGGAUUCUGCAGCCACAGCCCUCAAAGAGGCAGGAAGUCACAUGCUCCAAUCAGAUCAGUUCAGUCAUGAUGACAUCAUUGGCGUGCUGGCAGAGUGUCUGAGUUUGACAAACAGCAUCACCGACCCGAGGAUUCUGGGUGAGCUGUACCUGUCAGUGGGCGUGUCUUACUGUCAGCUCAGGUGUUUCCAGGAGGCGGUGCAGUGUUUCCAGCAGGCUCUGGGCCCCACAGCUCAGCAUCCCCCUCUGCUGGCCAAAGUGCUGCACAACCUGGGAGCCGCUCUGAACUCUCUGGGCCAGUUCACACCUGCUGUGGAGUACCACAGGCUGGCUGCUGGACUCUACGGCUCUCUGGGUUACCGUGGCGACCAGGCUCGGUGUUUCAGUAACCUGGCGUUUGCCUGCAGUCAGCUGGGUGAUGAAGAGGAGGCAGCAGAGAGCUUCUUGCACGCUCUGCAGGGAUUCAGAGACACAGAGGACCACAUGGCUCAGGUUCAGGUGUGUGAGUCGUUAGCCGAGUGUUUCCUGAAGCAGAGGAAGCAGCACAAAGCUGUUCAGCUCUACAAACAGGCUCUGACGGCUCUGUCUCACUGCAAGGACAGUUCUGGUGAUAUCCGGGAUCGACUGGUGGAGCGUCUGACGGCAGCUCUGCAGCAAAGUGUGCAGAGACCACGUCCACCAAGACCACACCCUUUCAGCCCACCUGUCGGACAGCAGAUCAGGAAGAGUGAUGUCACACAGAGUCCAGGCAGAGCGUCCAAUCAGCAGCCACAUGAUCAGAGGGGGGAGGGGCAAGGAUCACAGCAGGAGGCCACAGGUAGACAGGAAGCAGCAGAGCAUUCUGGGUCAGCAAGAGAUGGAGCCACUGAGGGACCUGAGUACAUGAGCAUGGCACCUGGACUGCACAGUUUAGACCAGGCAGACCAGUCAGACCGGCCUCACACUGACAGUGAAACCUCAUUGGUCCAGGAGGCAGCGGCUCCGCCCACCAGUCCAGGUGGCAUCAGAGAGACCACAGCUCUUGUAGCCAGGUGGAGGUCUCGGUUCUGUUCACUGAUGUAGACUCACAAGGCUGAUGCUGUAAUCGAUCGUUUAUUGAUUACUGACCUUCAAUCUGGACUUCAAAUGAAGAGUCUGGAAAGUCUGGAGGAUUUUAAGACUGAAAUACAGAUACAGUAUGUGUGUGAGUCAUUUAUCAGACUGACCGUUCCUUUAGAAACAGGAAUAAUUAUUAUCAUCACCAGCCGCGACAACAGUGGUGCUGUUUUAACCUUGUGAGUCUGUGUGGGGGAUCGCGGUCUCCACACUUUACGCCACAGGCCCACAUUCACUUUAAGUCACAGACUGCUGUAUUGCAGCUGGAGUGAUCCCAGUGUGAGAUGGUCUCUAGUUAUUGUUAUUAAUAUAAAUAACAUCAGCGUCUCCUGGUGAUGAUCAGUUGAUUAUCUCUGCCGUAAAAACUUUCUCAGGAUCAGAUUUAUUUUCCCGCUGAUACAUCCUGACUCAUGUUUAAUACAUCAGAGACUUUAUUCUGCUGAUCAAGCACACACACACACACACACACACACACACACAAACCCUGUACUUCUAUACUUAUGAGAACCCUCAUUGACAAAAUGCAUUCCCUAGACCCGAAACCUGAUUCUCCUGAACCUCAAGAGUCAGAACCCUCAAACACACCUCUGAAGGUCUGUCUAAAGUUGAGAACCAGACAAACUGUCCUCACUUUCCAAAAAUGUCCUCACUCUCAAUGUCCAAAACUCAAAUUGGUUCUCAGAGAUAGAUGUAAAUGUGCACACAUGAUGAUGAAUGUUGUUACAUGUGUAACUGUUGUCAGAGAGGAACAUGAUCUAAAAUAAAGAAUAAUUCUAUCUUCACA